CCCUUUUUAUUCUUGUACAUGAUUGAUGUGUUUGCUAUGGUGCAGUUGCUCCGACUCAGACGCCCUUUUGUGGCAAGUAUAACUGAUGGCUUGGGUAAUGAGCUUUUUAGGGUAAGAAGGCCUUUUUGGUGGAUUACUAGCUCCAUCUAUGCCGAGAUCAAUGGAAAAGAAAUAGGUGUAGUCCACAGAAGAUGGCAUCUGUGGAGGAGAAUUUAUGAUCUGUAUUUGGGGGACAAGCAGUUUGCUGUGGUUGAGAACCCUGGCUUUUGGAACUGGACAUUUACAUUAAAGGAUAUUGAUGGGAAAGUGUUGGCCCAGAUAGAUCGUGACUGGAGGGGGUUUGGUUUUGAGAUUUUCACUGAUGCGGGCCAGUAUGUGAUUCAAUUUGGUAAAGCUGGAUCAAGUAUUGCUCCAGUUGGAGGGAUUCAAGAGUUAGACGUAGUUCGUCCACUAAUCCUCUCGGAGCGAGCAGUAGCUCUUGCACUUGCUAUAUCGCUGGAUAACGAUUACUUCUCAAGGCAUGGAGGCUGGAGAAUUCCAUUUUUUGACAUGGGCGAAUGAGCCAUGCCGGGCUUUCGCUUUCCAGCCAUCUUCUGAAGGCAAAGAUUGCAGUGUCUAGAAACCAGGUGCACAUUCUGAUAUAUUUUUGCCCACGGAUGUAAAGCGGCUUCUCCCACCUUAUAACUGCUGUGCUGAACAUAUAUCAGCAAAAAAAAGAAGAAGAAAAAGAAAAGAAAAUGAAUUUCAAAAUGGGGUAACUAUACUUGGGUUUUGCAACUUUCUUUUGCAUUGCUUAUUGACUAAUGUCAUAUAGAAAUGGAAGAAAUUGUUGAUCUAAAUGUCAUUAAACAUAUGGCAAAUCAUGUUGUACAUGCAACUGUUCUU